AUGAACUCUCCAUUACAAAUGCACAUCGUUCGAGAACCAUGGCAUACUAUUGGAGUGGAUAUUAUGGGACCGUUUUCUAUUACACAGCGUCAAAAACAAUACUUACUGGUAGUUGUUGACUAUUUUACUCGAUGGGUAGAACUAUUUCCUCUUAAAACAACGACUUCAUCUGAUAUCGCUAAUAUCCUAGUUAAUGAAAUUAUAUGUCGUUGGGGUUGUCCUACCUAUAUUCUUUCCGAUAAUGGUCCCCAGUUCAUUUCUGAACUAUUCACUAAUAUCUGUUCGUCCCUAGGCAUUAAAAAUAAAAAUACUUCUAAUUAUCAUCCGCAGACAAAUAUGACUGAACGAGUCAAUAGAAAUCUUAAACCAAUGUUAGCACAAUAUGCUCAAGAAAAUCCACAAUCAUGGGAUCAACAUCUAUCGAAACUUGCUUUUUCUAUUCGAACUUCAGUAAAUGAAACAACAGGUGAUACACUAGCAUAUCUUAAUUUUGGACGUGAUCCUAAAUUACCUCCACACCUACUCCUAACCACACCGACUCAUGAUGUACCUCUACUUCCCACAUCUCUAUCCUUAGAAAUCGAAAAUUAUAAACAACAACUUCGUCAUCAAUUACUUACAUCUCAUCAAUUUGCUCAAGAACAUAGUGAAGUACGCAAAUUUCAGCAGAAACAUCAGUAUGACAGUCAUAGUUCUAAACGUUCUUUUAAAGAAGGACAACUUGUUUGGGUUAGCAUUCCUUCAGUAUUAAAACAUGGAAAACUUGAUCCUCAUUAUCAAGGUCCUUGUCGCAUCACUCAAGUUCUUACUCCCUCUUCUUUUAUUAUUCAGCGUCUUUCUGACGGAGUAAAUUUAGGAGUCACCAACAUUGAUCGACUUAAACCAUUUUAUGAACCGAAUGAUAUUCGUGUCAACAAUACACGAAAUACACCAGAUCAAACUUUAAAUACACACCCACAACCAUUGAUGAGUAUCGAUACAAGCAAUGCUACAAAUAUGAUUCCUUCUCGCCCGUUAAACAAUGAUGACCUCUCUCCGUCCACUAUUAUAUCAACGUCCGAUUCGAAUACAUAG